AUGUCUUCUUCAAUGCCUUACGAUCCAUAUGUACCUCCAGAAGAAAUGGCUACAGACCAAAAAGCUGCUGCUCUUAAGGCCGAAAUUGAUGACACUGUUGGUAUCAUGAGAGAUAACAUUAAUAAGGUUGCUGAACGUGGGGAAAGGCUAGCUUCAAUAGAAGAUAAAGCAGAUAACUUAGCUGUUUCAGCUCAGGGCUUUAAGAGAGGUGCUAAUAGAGUUAGGAAACAGAUGUGGUGGAAAGAUUUAAAGAUGAAAAUGUGUUUAGUACUUGUUAUCAUCAUAUUGAUCGUCGUUAUUGUUGUUCCUAUUGUCGUCCAUUUCACCUAA